UAAUACCCGAUUUGUCCAACACAGCCCGCGCGCCGCCAUCGCCGGCUGCGGACGCGAUGGACAUUCCGCUCCCCGGCGGGGGCGUCGACGGCUCGGAGGACUACUCCCCGGCGACCACCGUCGUCACCUUCGACAGGCCCCUCCCUCUGCUCCGAGCGCCUGUCCCUUCCUCCGCUCCCGGCGAUCCCCCCGUCCUCGCCUUCCGCGACGCCGCGAGCUGGCGCGCCGCCUGGGAGGCUGCCGAGGCCAGCCUCUUCUCCCAGUGCGAGGCUGGUGCAAGGUCUGGGUGUUCAAUCACAGCAACAAGAAAAUGCAAGGCCCCCUGGUGGAAAGGUUUGUUUGGAGGUGCAACAACCGACUAUCAAGAAAGAGAACAAUGCGAGGAACGAGAAAUGGCCUCUUGUCUUGAAUCAGCCAAGGAGGCUUGCAUUAAGUUUUCAAAGGAAAAGUGUAAUGCACCCUUCCGAGAUGCAAGGAUAGCUUCUGAAGGUCUCCUUGAAAAUACCGAUUUCACUGUCUGGGGUGCGAAGCAUAACGUAGCAUCCUUGUGUGUUGCAAACAGCCAGUACUCAUCCAAUUCUAGGCCUGGUGCCACAAACUACAAAGGAAGUGACUUGUUAGACAGCUUAGCAUCUAAAGACAAUAGCAACUCAGGGUGAUGACUGAUCAAAAGGUAUUAUAGUGGACAGCGGGAGGUUACAUCAGAACAUGGCGAUUUUUCUUUGGUGUUGGAUCCAUCAAUGAAAUAAUGGCAUGGCAUUGCAGAGGAUGGUGUUCCUCCUUUUUCUAGGUUUCUGUCUCAUAGGACCAAGAAACUCGGAUUGGAGAUGAAGAAUGACUGUAUAUUAUCUACUGCUAUUGUCUCUGUCGUUUCUCUUGAUGUGCAUGUUGGGCAAUGCAGAUGCAGAAGGCCGUUUGUCUUGA